UAGGUGAUGUAGCAGUUGAUUUGACAGAACUUUCACUUCUGUAAUUCUGUUUUCAAUUUAACGCUCUGCAGUUCCUGUUUGAUCAGAUGAUAAAAAAUUAGUUUCUAUAAACAAAAACACCUAUGACAAUGUCAAAGUUCAAAGUUUUGGUGGUUGUUUACAGUGAGUUCUUCUCUAUUGUGCUGAACUAAACGCCUACUGUUUAAUGUGUGUCCAUAUGCAUCCUUUGCUUGCAUAUCUCAAAUGGUCAAUUAUUAGCAAGUUUAAACGUGACCUCCUUCAAAAUGCCAAGUUUCAAUAAUGGACAGAAAGCUCCCAACUCGCAAGUGGACAUGGGUGUUCAAACUCCCAUUGCUCAAUGUUCCACAUACACUUUCCCUGAGUCAAUUUCCCCAGAAGCAAGAGGUCAUCUUCGAAGUAUUAGUCAUGGAGGUGGAAUCGUUCUUGGAGCAAGCAGUUCAGGUGUUGUUGCAAGCAGGUCAGCUUUAAAAGGAUCCAGGGGUCACCAAAGAGCCUUGUCUCAGGGUCAUAUAAUUGAUUCAAGUAUACCUAAGCCGGGUCACAACAGGGUUGGAUCGAAAACAGAAUUUAUUCUACCCCCUGGUCACAAAGAAACUGAGAAUACUUCUGGCACCACAGUCAAAAGUUCAGCAAAGGGGCAUUCCAGACAAGCUUCCACUUCAGAAUCAAUAUAUACUCUCAGGAGGACAGUACCACCGCCAAUUUGGAGAAGAAUUUUAUGUUGGAUUAUUCGUCGGGCAUCUAAGAAUGAACAAGAACAACGCUACCGGGUAGUAGUUCCAAAUCACAUUGUGCCUCCGAAAAUCCCUGUGAAUGAACAUCCUAACGGGCAUCAACCAAACAAUCGAAUUAGGACUACAAAAUAUACCCUUUUAUCCUUUUUACCCAGAAACUUGCUGGAGCAGUUUCACAGAGUAGCUAAUUUAUAUUUUAUUUUUAUAGUUUUACUAAACUGGUUUCCUGCUAUCAAUGCUUUCGGUAAAGAAAUUGCAAUGAUACCAGUGUUGUUUGUGCUAGGCGUUACAGCUGUUAAAGACUUGUUUGAAGAUCGUAGGAGGCAUGCUAGCGAUAAAAGAAUAAACAAUUCCACCUGUAGAAUAUACAAUAUUGAAGCAAGUAGGUAUAAAAAAGUUUUAUGGAAAGACGUGAGAGUCGGAGAUUUAAUACAUUUAUCAAACAAUGAGGUCGUUCCUGCUGAUAUACUAGUACUUCGUUCAAGCGAUCCCAGUGGCUUAUGUUAUAUAGAUACAGGACAUUUGGAUGGUGAAACCAAUCUGAAACAGAGGCAGGUUGCAAGAGGUUUCGUGGAGAAACAGAGCAGCUUUGAACCUAGUAAGUUCAGAAGUACAAUUGAAGUAGAGGCUCCCACAACUAAAAUAUACAGAUUCCACGGUGCAAUUGUUCAUCCAUCUGGAAGUAGAAUACCAGUUGGAACAAACAACUUGUUAUUAAGAGAAUGUCUUUUGAAAAAUACAGACUUUGUUGAAGGAAUAGUUGUGUAUGCAGGUCAUGAAACCAAAGCUAUGCUAAACAAUGGUGGUCCGAGGUAUAAACGUUCAUCUCUAGAGAAGCAAAUGAAUCAAGAUGUCAUAUGGUGUGUUGUUAUAUUGAUAUUUCUUUGUAUACUUGGUGCAAUAGGCUGCAAACUAUGGUUGACUUAUUAUCAAAACUUACCGCCGCCAUUCCAAGAGUCUACGAGUGAAACUACAGAAGCAAUUUUAGCAUUUUGGACAUUUAUUAUUAUUCUACAAAUAAUGAUACCAUUGUCUUUAUAUGUUUCUCUGGAAUUGUGUAAAAUAAUUCAGGUAUAUCACAUUCACCAUAAUCUUGAUCUGUAUGAUCCUGUAAUGGAUAAAAGAACCGAGUGUCGUGCCUUAAAUAUUACGGAGGAACUUGGUCAAAUUCAGUACAUAUUUUCAGAUAAAACUGGAACUCUCACUGAAAAUCGUAUGAUAUUUCGAAGAUGUGCCAUUGCUGGAGUAGAUUAUAAUCAUCCUCUGCUCGUAUCUGAAGAGGAUGGCAAAAAACUCACUAACUUAAGUGUUGUUAUUAACUCUAACUUAUUGAAUGAUCUACAACAAGAGAGUACAGUUUCUGAAAAAAAUUGCAGCCUAAGAUUCACCCACUCUGCAAGAAUUCAAGAGUUUUUGUUACUGUUGACAAUAUGUAAUACUGUCGUUUGUUCCCAGCACCCUCAUUAUGAUCUCAUGAAUGCAAGUGGAAUUAUUGAAGAUCCAAAUAUUUAUGAAAAAACAACACAAAACUCUUCCCAAGAAGGCAGUUCUAACACAAAUGUUAAGUCAAUAAACUGCAGUGAUAAAUACACCAUACUAGAUGAAUCACGUUCUGUCACUCCUUCUCCACCAUUGAAUAACUAUUUAUUUGAUUAUAAAGGAAAUCCUCAUGUUCCCACUUUAUCACCUAUUGAAUCUAUAGAUGAAUCGUCAAACUCAGACUCAUUGCAGAGCACAAGCAGUAGUUCCAAAUAUAAUCGACCAAAUAUCCUCAACCUUCCAUCAAGAACCUUCUUCAAAAAAGGAAAUAAUCUCACCGAUGAGCAAAAAGCAAGAUUGAACCAGCACAAGUCUGCUACACCUUCACCGUUGGAUCUCAAACCAAUCUUUGAAGCAGAAAGUCCUGAUGAAUUAGCCUUGGUUGACGCUGCUUAUAGCUAUGGAUGUCGACUUUUAAAACGUACUUCAUCUUCAGUUACAGUGGAAAUGCAAGAACUUGGAAAAAUGAGUUAUGAAAUUUUGAAUGUCCUUCCUUUUGACUCUGUUCGGAAACGUAUGAGUAUUAUUGUAAGACAUCCUCAUUCAAAACAAAUAAUUUUAUAUACUAAAGGUGCAGAUACGGCCAUUAUGCCGCAACUCACCCCUGUGGAAGACGACUCUGAACAAAAAUUGAUAAUCACAAGAACCCAACAUCACCUCAACUGUUAUGCAAGAGAAGGUCUCAGGGUGCUUGUGAUGGCGAAACGAAUUAUAGCCCAGCACCAAUAUGAUGAAUGGUACAGAAAACAUCAAGAAGCAGAACUGGCUGUGGAUAAUCAUGAAAGACGACUACGAAACAGCUACUCCUCUAUUGAAUGUAAUUUGACUUUAUUAGGGGCCACAGGUAUUGAGGAUAAACUGCAAGAAGGAGUUCCAGAAACCCUUUCAGCUUUAAUAUCAGCAGGAAUUGUUAUUUGGGUUUUAACAGGUGAUAAACCUGAAACAGCAAUCAAUAUUGCUUAUUCAGCUAAGCUGUUCUCCCCGCAAAUGGAGUUGCUGAAGGUGAUGGCAAGAACUAAAGAAGCAGCAGAAACUACUAUUCACUGCUAUCUUGAAGACAUUGAGAGAUCUUUGAACAAAGACCAUAAUUAUGAUAAUCAAGCUAUGUCUUCUACCCAUAGAAAUAGCUAUCACCAAUCAACUAGUGAAAACAAGCCAAGAGCUCUAGCUGUUGACGGUAAAACUUUAACAUUCAUUCUUGAUCGUAGAUCUAAUUUAACAAAACCAUUUUUGAAACUCACUACUCAUUGCAACUCUGUACUGUGUUGUAGAGCUACUCCUCUGCAGAAGGCCUAUAUUGUCAGGGUAGUUAAGGAAGAACUUAAAAUGAGAACGUUAGCCAUCGGAGAUGGUGCCAAUGAUGUAUCGAUGAUACAGACUGCUGAUGUGGGAAUCGGAAUCUCUGGUCAAGAGGGCAUGCAAGCUGUGAUGGCUGCAGAUUUUGCUCUCAGUAGGUUCAAAUACCUGGAGAAAUUACUUUUAGUACAUGGUCACUGGAGCUAUGAUCGUCUUUCAAGAAUGGUGCUCUAUUUCUUCUAUAAAAAUGCAGCCUUUGUUUUUAUUUGCUUUUGGUAUCAACUCUACUGUGGUUUUUCUGGUACAGUGAUGAUUGAUCAAAUGUACCUCAUGCUUUAUAAUUUAUUAUUUACAUCACUUCCACCUAUAGCUAUAGCUGUUUAUGACCAAGAUGCUCCUUCUGAAGUUCUUUUGGAAAAUCCAUAUUUGUAUAAGAGAGGACGUUUAGGUCAAGUUUACAGAUCUUACUCUUUUUGGUUAACUAUGUUAGAUGCAUUGUAUCAAAGCACUUGUAUCUUUUUCAUUUGUCAGCAAGCCUACAAUGAAACAGAUGUUGAUGUUUUUGAGUUUGGUGCCGCUACAACCACUGCCUGUAUGUUUGUUAUGCUCUUACAUGCCCUUAUAGAAAUGCGUUCCUGGACUAUUAUUCAUCUAGCCUCUAUAUUCUUAUCGAUAGGAGCUUUUUAUCUUUACUCACUGGUUUACAAUACAUACUGUAAACAUUGUUUUGGUUUGCCAAGCACCUAUUGGACAAUACAAAUAGCAAUGUCUAGAACAAUCUAUUGGCUAGCAACAUUGUUGUCAUGUGUUACUGCUCUACUGCCAAGAGUUUUAUACAGAAUUAGUCAAACUGUCUUAGCACCAGAUGAGGUUACAAAGGCUAUAGUCAGUCAACAAAUAGUUGCUAAAAGAGAACCCAUCACGGGGCUCAGCAUAACCCUUUAACCACAGUAGACUAGGUGAUUAACCACAAAGUGAUCCUUACUAUUUAACAUGUUGAUACUACAAUUCAAUCCUUGCAUUUUAAAGGCUGUGAUUCUUAAUUUAAGGGACCAAUUAGAAAAAUUGAUUCAACUCAUUAUUGUUAAAGAAACGUGCAACGCAACACAUAUUUGUGCCAUUUUUGUUUCAAUAUCAACUUCAUUUGCACCAAUAGACCUGUUAUUAGGAAUUAUUAUUAAUAAGUAAAAGAUGUACUAGUGCAUUUCAUUUAUAUUUUUAUUAUUAAGUUUAGUAACAGUGAUUGUAUUAAAUGAUAAUUUUAUAUAAA